GUGGAGCAGAAGCUACACAAAUCAAACUCAACCAGCACCCAGUGGAGAUCGGAGAGAUGGAGACGCGGAGAGAAAAAGCACUUUGCUGUCCGGAACGAGAGACGCUGAAAAAAAAGAUGAUCCGUUAAAUAAAAGACUGCGUCAUGACUCAUAUCCUAUCGACGGAGAAGGAUUUUAGUUCACCCAACGGGAACAGAGAUGCGAACCUCGUUGAUUAUUAACGGGCGGUUCCUUGAUCCAAACAGUCCAACUCCGCCCGUGAACGGGGCACGGGACGCAGCGCCUGUGCUAGGCAUCGCACUCAGGCUAGGUGUGGUUUCACAACACUUGGAUUAGCCUACCUAGUUCUUAUUCCAAACACUCGUUCAUAAUUGAAGCUGAAGCCGUCGGGGAUGUGCUAGUCAUCUCGUCGCAACAAAGGGAAGGGCGGCUUUCAGUAACCAUGAGGGCUGUAUCGGCGAAUUUACUUGCACUUCUCUUGCUCUGCACUUGUGCCAGUGUAUUCUACGUCUGGAGCAGAUUGGAGAGAGACAACACGGGACUACAGUUAACGAGUAGGGGGUCCGCUCACAUUGGGCCAUCCCCGGACCUCUCUGCUAAAACUUUCCGGGCUUUGCUCGCCGUUCCAGUAGCACAGAGACUGCAUUUGGGGGGCAUCCUGGAUGCCCACAAUCUCACUGGUGUUGCGGAUCAAACUGGCUCUUUAGGAAUCAGAGAUUACCAUAUGAAUGUAGAUAACAAGGGGUCAGCACAGAGGGGGGUCCCGGCCAAAUUGGGCUCUCCGGUUGAGGGGAUUUUUUGGAGUGAAUGGCUUGAGGAUAAGUUUCCCGUCAGCUUCAGUGAGGAACAUGCCCGGGCAUGGAGAGGGAGAGCCCGGGGACACCGGAUUGUCAGACUGGAGCCGGGCUGUGGUAGAAUAUCCAAUCAACUUGCCACUUUUUCGGACCGAUCCAAAGCAUGCGUGCGUUAUGGAAUAAACGCGGACCAGGUGCAGGGGGAAACUUUGACUUAUUACCUGGCUAGUUUGCUGGGUAUUACAAAUCUGCCGCCUCUCAUCCUCGCCCAGUUGAACGUUGACAGUGAACAAUGGGCUUCUGUGAGAAGAAGAAUAGGAGGUUUACAGUGGAGUGAGCGGGCCGUGGUCUCACUCACCCAGUGGGUCGCCAACCUGACAGGGGUAAUUAUACCUGCGCCGCUGCGCCAAGAGAGCAAGGGGCUGCGUCCUCUACGGGGGGAGCUGGGGAACAAGACGACGGCGGAGCUGCUCGAGCUAAUGCAGUGGACGGACCUGAUAAUAUUGGACUACCUGUCUGCUAACUUCGACAGGCUCGUUAGCAACCUCUUUAGCCUGCAGUGGGACUCGCGCGUGAUGGAGAGGGAGACCAACAACCUGCUCAGAACACCCCGCGGCGACCUGGUUUUCAUCGACAACGAGGCAGGGCUUGUGCACGGUUACCGGGUACUGGAUAUGUGGGAGAAGUACCACAGCACCGUCUUAGACUCAGUGUGUGUGUUCAGAAAGAGGACAGUACAGCGUGUUAUAGAACUGCACCGGCGCAGGGACACCAGGACUCGGCUGCUCGAGCUAUACAGAGACAGCGAACCUUUGUCUCCGGAAUUAGGGUUUCUCUCUGAUGAACAUGCGGGAGUACUACAGAGUCGAAUAAACAGAUUAUACAAACACAUAUUGCAUUGCAAGGUGAAGUACCACCAGCUGGGCGUUUAGUUUUGAUUCCUCUCAUUUAGAGGUUCUGUAUCUGGCAUCUGCUCCACAGAAUGACGUGUGCUGCAAAUCAGUAACCACACACCUGUACUAGAUUAAUGCGCGUCAGUUGAAACAGUUUUUUAAAUAUAUUGAUGAACUACCUCUUGUGAAAACAACGUUUUGCCUACUUUAUAUGUCUGCAUAAAUAUAAACAUUGACGUUGAUUUUUGGCUUCGUGCAGGAUGGGUCAUAAUUUAUUUUCAGCCAGCCUCAAAACAUAGCUGCAGGAAUAAUGUGAUAUGAGCCAAUGCAUCUUUGUAGCUAUUUAGGAGCCAAUGCAUCUUUGUAGCUAUUUAGGUUGAAUGGUCAGCCUUCAACCUCAGGAGUUUGAUAGGCUACACAUUUGUGUUUAUUAAUAGGAACAAACUAUUGUGGUGUAAGGGGGAUAAUGGAUAAUCACUUCAUAUCAUCUGUAUGCACAAGGUGCAUUGUGUUCAAUAAUCUCCAUAAGAAACUGGACUGCUUGAUAAUGAGAGCCAGGCCUUAAUAGGUUACUCCUAAAAAGUUUUGUAUUUGUUGCCACAAAAAUGUAUAAUGUAGACUUUGUCACCUGUCUCACUCCUUUUAUAGAAGCUCUAGCCUACUGUACAAUCAAUUGUCAUUGCAAACACUUUCAUGUAUUUGGUUGUCUUGUGAUUGUAUCUUCUGCCUUAUUGUCAGUGGUGUAGUGGGGGAUAUAUGCAGGUAGCAGAUAUACGCCAUUUACCCACUUUUCCCCCGUGGGCAUUGCUUAUACUCACUACUUAAUCCCCACUGAUGCGUAACAAAGUAGUAUAGUGAAGGUAUAUGCCAUAUAAAUUAUGUAGUACAAUAGAUACUUUAUUCACAAAGUAGCCUACACAAUUGUAAUAAAGCAUGUGAAAUAUAUGCACAUGCGCACCGCACACAUAGCUACACUGAACAAGAAUAUAAAUGCAACAUGUGAAGUGUUGGUCCCAUGUUUCAUAAGCUGAAAUAGAAGAUCCCAGAAAUGUUCCAUACGCAUAACAUUUGUUGUGCACAAAUUUGUUUACAUCCCUGUUUGUGAACAUUUCUCCUUUUGCCAAGAUAAUCCAUCCACCUGACAGGUGUGGCAUAUCAAGAAGCUGAUUAAACAGCAUCAUCAUUACACAUGGCCUCAUUAAAAAGCCACUCUAAAAUGUGCAGUUUUGUCACACAACACAAUUCCAAAGAUGUCUCAAGUUUUGAGGGAGCGUGAAAUUGGCAUGCUGACUACAGGAAUGUCCACCAAAACUGUUGCCAGAGAAUUUAAUGUUAAUUUCUCUACCAUAAGCCACUUCCAACAUCAUUUUAGGGAAUUUGGCAGUAGGUCGAACCGGCCUCACAACCGCAGACCACAUGUAAGGCGUUGUGUGGACUUGCAGUUUGCUGAUGUCAAUGUUGUGAGCCUAGUGCCCCAUGGUGUUGGUGGUGGGGUUAUGGUAUGGGCAGGCUACAGACAACAAACACAAUUGCAUUUUAUCGAUGGCAAUUUGAAUGCACAGAAAUACCACUUUGUUUUAGGUAUCUGUGACCAACAGAUGCAUAUCUGUAUUCCCAGAUGUGAAAUCCAUAGAUUAGGGCCUAAUGAAUUUAUUUCAGUUGACUGAUUUCCUCAAUUGAACAGUAACUUGGUAAAAGUCUUUGAAAUUGUUGCAUGUUGCGUUUAUAUUUUUGUUCAGUAUAGUUUCAGCUGAAUAUCAGGCAGUCAAAGUGCGCAGCUCUCAUGAUUGUCGCAGGGAGAAGCUCAUAGAAAUGAAUGGCAUCAGUAGCCGGUAGGGUUGGAAGAUAUUUAAACUUAUUGAAAAAGUCUUUGUUGAAUCUUUGCGAUUUCAUAAUUCAGUGCUAUUUGAAUGAACAUUUUUAAGGCUUUCCCCAAAAAACUUCCCAAUUAAAUGUUGACUGCAACAACAAAAAAACUCCCCAAAAUAUUUUGACUGAUUUUACACAGGCCUCAAAAAUGGUCUCCUGAUGUGGUUUAAAGUUGCACUAUGCAGAAACCACUCUGCCAUUUCUUGGUUGCUAAAAUUCUAAUAGUUCCCUAAUUUUGGUUAAUGUGACAAAACAAGCAAGUAUAGUAUAAAUAAUCAGUGUACCAUCUAAACCUAAGAAAUAUAUUUUCCAUAAGCAAACAUUUUCAGCUGUUUGAACCUGGGGUACAAAAGUAAAAGAUGCAAAAAUAAAACAUAAGAACAGGAUGCAUAGAUAUAGCGCACAUAGAACAGAUCUACUGCCUCUUAGACUUGCUUUCAAUGAGAAUGACAGAUCUAUAACUCACAUUUCUAUGUGAAUUUGUUUGGGUCGCCCAAAUAGUUACAUAUUACAGCUUUAAGCAUUGUUGUGGACUUAGAACAUCCAAUUUUUGUAGAUUUUCUAUUAAAAACGUUAGAUUUUGAUAGUGAGAACCUGAAAAAACUAUAGGGAAACCUAGCAUUUUUCACACAGGGCGCCUUUCCUUCGUUGGGUAGGCCGUUUUGGAUUUUUUUUUGUGCAAAAUUAGAGUAUACCCACUUUUCCAAGAACCACUACACCACUGCUUAAUGUCAUGACCCAGUCAUAUUUGUUGUACAUGCUACACUGUGAAUACUGUAUAUGUUAACCUGUUUUUGACAUUCACAAUUGCAAUCCACUUUCACCAAUUCAAUGUGCAUUGUAACAUUCCAAUCUUCCUGUCUUUUUUGCUAAAUAUAUUGUAAUUUCAAGUGUCAGACCA